AAAACAUCUCGAGUCUCUCUGGAUCCCCACCUCUUUGUCUAAUUAAACGCGUAACGAGAUGGACGGGGUACAACUAUAUACACUACAUGAUGUGUGUGUGUGUGUGCAUGCCUAUAUAACAACAGUAGCUCAUGUUCUGAAGGUAAUAACUCAAGCCACCAGAUAUAAUAAAAGAGAAUUCCGAAUACAAAAGAGCCUAGAAACAUGGGAAAUUGUGCACUAAAGCCAAAAGUUUUGACGCCAGCUGGAGCUCCGGCCCCGGAGGAGCUUGAGACUUCACUUGUUGAAGAUCAGAAGGUUGACGCCGCGAAAUCUCUUAGCAACUUGUUCCUUCAAGCCAAGGCAGAGAAGAAGACAGAGGAGGACGAGAAGACAACACCGGAAAAGAUCCCUGUAACUGAAGAUCUGAAAACAUCUUUGUCUGAUGCAAAAUCUCCAACUAAAGAGACAAAAUCUCCGACAAAGGAGUCAAAAUCUCCGGCAACAGAGACAGAACCUCCGGUAACAGAGACACAAUCUCCGGUAGAGGAGAAAAAUGUUCCGGCUGGUGAUCAGAAGGUUAGGAAUGAAGAGCCUGUUCCUGAGGAGGAAGCAAUCGAAGACGCGACUGUGGAAGAGACUAAAAGAGAGGCAAAGCCAGAGGAAGUCAGAGGAGAAGCAGCAGCAAUUUGAACACUUCAAAAGCUAGUUUCUGCAUUUGUGUUCUUGAGAGCAAUAUCAAAGAUUUUUGCUUUUUUUAAAUUAUGUUUGUUCUCUUUCCCAAAAUUUAUUACAUGAAUUGCAACUUUA